GACAGGAUGCCAAGGAUCGAGAACAACGUUGAGUUGAUCAUCAACAUCUUCCAUCAGUACUCCCGCAGACUGGGCCACCCGGACACCAUGAACCAGAGAGAAUUUAAAGAUUUCGCCAAAAAAGAGCUGCCAAACUUCCUCACUCAAAAGUGCAGGAAUGAGGCUGUCAUCAAAGACAUCAUGGAGGACCUGGACACAAAUGGAGACAAGCAGCUGAGCUUCGAGGAGUUUGUCGUACUGAUAGCAAAGCUGGUUAAUGCGUCCCAUGAGGAGAUGCACAAGAACACCCCCAAAGGGCAAGGCCACAGCCAUGGGCCAGGGCUCGGGGGAGGGAGGUAAAGGACGUGGCCAUUGCCACUAAUUGGAAACCUGCCCAUGGUUCUGAUCCACUGGGGCUCCAGGACCACCUGGCCAUAUGUCUAAGUUAUCCUUUGAAAACUGGGAGAUAAGGCCAAAAUAAAGUUUCCUUCAAGUCA